UUCCAUUUCACUGCUGUGUUGAUGGCGGCUCCGUCCACUCUGACCUUUUCCAAGCCGCACUCCGCCACCGGGACCGGCCUGAUCUGAGCCCCGACACCGCUACACACACCCCGCUCUCCCGUCAGCCGGACCGAGAGAUCGCCAUCCAUAUCUCGCUCCCUCUGCACGGGCCCCGGGAGGAACACAAUCCGGUGAGAAGACUACAUGUUCCAGAAUCCCUAGUGAGCGACUGCGCCUCCGCUCCAUCCCAUUGGUUGGAUGAAUCCCAAAAAGUCAGAAUCCUGAGCUGUGAUUGGGCGCUGAGCCAGACGCGGCAGCCAACGGGGAGCCAGCCAAAAUGGCGGACGUGGACCCCGACACUCUGCUGGAGUGGCUGCAGAUGGGGCAGGGAGAUGAACGGGACAUGCAACUCAUUGCUCUGGAGCAGCUCUGUAUGUUACUGCUGAUGUCCGACAAUGUGGACCGCUGCUUUGAGACCUGUCCUCCUCGCACCUUCUUGCCAGCGCUGUGUAAGAUCUUCCUCGAUGAGAGUGCUCCCGAUAACGUUCUUGAGGUGACGGCUCGGGCCAUCACGUAUUAUCUGGACGUGUCUGCGGAGUGCACCAGGAGGAUUGUGGGAGUGGAGGGAGCCAUCAAAGCCCUAUGUAACAGACUGGUGGUGGUGGAGCUGAACAACAGGACCAGCAGAGACCUGGCUGAGCAGUGUGUCAAGGUGCUGGAGCUGAUCUGUACUCGUGAGUCCGGAGCAGUGUUUGAGGCUGGAGGUCUGAACUGUGUCCUGAGCUUCAUCAGAGACAGCGGACACCUGGUCCACAAAGACACUCUGCACUCAGCCAUGGCCGUCGUGUCUCGGCUCUGCAGCAAAAUGGAGCCUCAGGAUUCUUCACUGGAGACGUGUGUGGAGAGUCUGUCCAGCCUGCUCAAGCAUGAGGACCACCAGGUGUCAGAUGGAGCCCUGCGCUGCUUCGCCUCUCUCGCUGACCGGUUCACUCGCCGGGGCGUAGAUCCAGCUCCUUUAGCCAAACACGGCUUGUCGGAGGAGCUGUUGUCUCGGAUGGCUGCGGCCGGAGGUGGCGCCCCCUCUGGUCCGAACUCUGCGUGUAAACCAGGCCGGACAUCCACUGGAGCCACUGCCUCAGCCCCAGACUCCAAACUGAGCAACCAGGUGUCCACUAUCGUGAGCCUGCUGUCCACGCUGUGCAGGGGGUCUCCUCUGGUCACUCAUGACCUUCUCCGCUCCGCUCUGCCUGACUCAAUGGAGGCAGCUCUGGGGGGAGAUGAGCGCUGCGUCUUGGACACCAUGCGCCUUGUGGACCUGCUCCUGGUGCUUCUGUUCGAGGGGAGGAAGGCGCUGCCCAAGUCCACGGCCGGGUCCACGGGCCGGAUCCCGGGUCUGAGAAGGCUGGACUCAUCUGGAGAGAGGUCCCACAGGCAGCUCAUAGACUGUAUCCGAAGCAAAGACACAGAUGCGCUCAUCGAUGCCAUUGACACUGGAGCGUUUGAGGUGAACUUCAUGGACGACGUGGGACAGACACUUCUAAACUGGGCCUCAGCUUUCGGCACACAGGAGAUGGUGGAGUUUCUGUGUGAACGUGGUGCAGAUGUGAACAGGGGUCAAAGGUCUUCAUCUCUACACUAUGCUGCCUGCUUUGGACGACCGCAAGUGGCAAAGACUCUGCUGCGUCACGGAGCAAACCCCGACUUGAGAGAUGAGGACGGGAAAACUCCUUUAGACAAGGCCAGAGAGAGAGGACACAGUGAAGUGGUGGCCAUCCUGCAGUCUCCAGGAGACUGGAUGUGCCCAGUGAACAAAGGAGAGGAUAAGAAAAAGAAGGAUGUGAAGGAGGAGGAGGAGAGCAGUGAGCCCAGAGGAGAUCCAGAGAUGGCUCCUCUAUACCUGAAGAGACUGCUGCCUGUGUUUGCCCACACCUUCCAGCACACCAUGCUGCCUUCUAUACGGAAAGCGAGCCUGGCCCUGAUCCGUAAGAUGGUGCAUUACAGCAGUGAUGUUCUUCUGAAGGAGGUGUGUGACUCUGAGGCCGGACACAAUCUGCCCACAGUGUUAGUGGAGAUCACUGCCACCGUACUGGACCAAGAGGACGAUGACGACGGGCACCUCUUGGCCCUGCAGAUCAUCCGGGACCUGGUGGACAAAGGUGGGGAUGUGUUCCUAGACCAGCUUGCUCGCCUGGGGGUCAUCAACAAAGUGUCCACUCUGGCCGGCCCCACCUCUGAUGACGAGAACGAGGACGAAACAAAACCUGAAAAGGAGGAGGAGAGCCAGGAGGACGCCAGGGAGAUUCAGCAGGGAAAGCCCUACCACUGGAGGGACUGGUCUGUGAUCCGGGGGAGGGACUGUCUCUACAUCUGGUCUGACGCGGCCGCUUUGGAACUCUCCAACGGAUCCAACGGAUGGUUCCGGUUCAUCCUCGACGGGAAACUGGCCACGAUGUACAGCAGCGGGAGUCCAGAGGGAGGGUCAGACAGCUCUGAGUCCCGUAGUGAGUUCUUGGAGAAGCUGCAGCGCGCUCGGUCUCAGGUGAAACCGGUCACCUCCACACAGCCCAUCCUCUCCUCUGUGGGUCCCACCAAACUCAGUGUAGGCAACUGGUCCUUAACCUGUCUGAAGGAGGGAGAGAUUGCCAUCCACAACUCUGACGGCCAACAGGCCACAAUCCUGAAGGAGGAUCUACCUGGGUUUGUGUUCGAGUCCAACAGAGGGACAAAGCAUUCCUUCACCGCAGAGACCUCACUUGGCUCAGAGUUUGUGACUGGCUGGACAGGGAAGCGCGGGCGGAAACUGAAGUCAAAACUGGAGAAGACGAAGCAGAAGGUGAAGAGCAUGGCCCGAGAGCUCUACGACGAUCAUUUUAAGGCUGUGGAGAGCAUGCCCCGUGGAGUGGUGGUGACACUGAGGAACAUCUCCACUCAGCUGGAGUCUGCCUGGGAACUACACACUAACAGACAACAGUGCAUUGAGGGGGAGAACACAUGGAGGGACCUAAUGAAGACAGCUCUGGAGAAUCUAAUCGUGGUGCUGAAGGACGAGAACACCAUCUCCCCCUAUGAGAUGUGCAGCAGUGGACUGGUGCAGGCCCUGUUCACUGUGCUCAAUAAUAGCGUAGAACUUGACCUGAAGCAUGAUUGUAAGCCUUUGAUGGAGAGAAUUAACGUCUUUAAAGCUGCUUUCAGUGAAAACGAAGAUGACGAAAGUCGUCCUGCUGUUGCCUUAAUCCGUAAACUCAUUGCGGUUCUGGAGUCAAUAGAACGUCUACCUCUGCAUCUGUAUGACACACCUGGAUCCUCCUACAACCUACAGAUUCUGACCCGGAGGCUGAGGUUCCGACUGGAGCGGGCCCCAGGAGAGACAGCUCUGAUCGAUCGGACCGGACGCAUGUUAAAGAUGGAGCCCCUUGCCACAGUGGAGUCUCUGGAACAGUACCUACUCAAGAUGGUGGCGAAGCAGUGGUAUGAUUUUGAGCGCUCGUCAUUUGUGUUUGUGAGAAAACUGAGAGAAGGUCAGAGCUUCAGCUUCAGACAUCAGCACGACUUUGACGAGAACGGGCUGAUCUACUGGGUCGGGACCAAUGCAAAGACUGCUUAUGAGUGGGUGAACCCCGCAGCUUAUGGUUUGGUGGUGGUGACUUCCUCUGAGGGCAGGAACCUCCCAUAUGGUCGCCUGGAGGACAUCCUGAGCCGUGACAGCUCCGCCCUCAACUGCCACACCAAUGACGACAAGAACGCCUGGUUCGCUGUCGACCUGGGACUGUGGCUUGUUCCAUCAGCCUACACGCUCAGACACGCCAGGGGUUAUGGGCGCUCUGCUCUGAGGAACUGGGUCUUCCAGGUGUCGAAGGAUGGUCAGAACUGGACUACUCUGUACACACACGUGGACGACUGCAGCCUCAACGAGCCUGGCUCCACAGCCACGUGGCCUCUAGACCCUUCCAAAGAGGAGAAGCAGGGCUGGAGACACAUCAGGAUAAAGCAGAUGGGGAAGAACGCCAGUGGACAGACACACUACCUGAGCCUGUCUGGACUGGAGCUGUAUGGGACGGUGACCGCGGUCUGUGAGGAUCAGCUCGGUAAAGCGGUGAAGGAGGCGGAGGCGAACCUGCGCAGACAGAGGCGAUUGUUCCGCUCUCAGGUCAUGAAAUACAUUGUUCCUGGUGCUCGAGUCGUCCGAGGAAUCGACUGGAAGUGGAGAGACCAGGACGGCAACCCACCAGGAGAGGGCACUGUGACCGGAGAGGCCCAUAAUGGCUGGAUUGAUGUAACCUGGGACUCUGGCGGCUCUAACUCAUACCGAAUGGGCGCAGAGGGAAAGUUCGAUCUCAAACUCGCGCCGACCUUCGACCCUGAGUCUCCCAACACCAAACCUGUGUCCUGCGUUCACGUUUCAGGCCCGUCGUCUGCCUCCACCUGCCCCCAGCAGCAGCAGUGGAGCAGCCUGGUCAAAAACAACUGCCCCGACAAAUCCACUUCCUCCUCGGCCGCACUGGUGGGCGGGACUUCCUCUCAGAGCAGAAAGGGUAGCAGCAGUUCCGUGUGCAGCGUGGCGUCCUCCUCCGACCUCUCUUCCUCUGCACUGGGUGGGCUGCUUCCCGGGAGCGUUAGCGGAUUACGCCUGGAAACGAGGCGGAACGAAGGCCUGCUAUUGGACCAGAACACUUUAGGGGGUGGGGUGAACACGUGUGAUGGACAACAACAGGAGCCAAUUGUGGUCCUUUCUUCGGCUGUGGAAGCGUCUACGAGUUCGACGAAUGCGGAAACGGGAACCACGGCGACGGCAGCUAACGCAGAUGCGGCUAUCUCCAUGGGACUGGUUAGCGUGAGCUCCCCCGAUGUAAGCUCUGUGUCUGAGGCCUCUAGUAAAGACGCGCCCACCCCCCGGCCCCUCUGCUCCGCAACUAACGCUAGGCUAUCCGUUAGCUCGCUGCUGGCUGCUGGAGCGCCCAUGAGCUCUAGUGCCAGCGUGCCCAAUCUGUCAUCCAGAGAAGCCAGCCUGAUGGAAUCUUUCGUGAGGAGGGCUCCAAACAUGUCACGCACAAACGCUACGAACAAUAUGAACCUGAGCCGAAGCAGCAGCGACAACAACACCAACACACUGGGGAGGACCGUCAUGAGCACCGCCACGUCUCCUCUGAUGGGUGCUCAGAGCUUCCCAAACCUCACCACCACUGGCACCACUUCUACAGUUACCAUGUCAACAUCCAUCGUCACCUCCUCCAACAACGUUGCCACAGCAACCACCGGCCUGUCUGUGGGGCAGCUCCUUAGUAACACCCUCACCACAAGUCUCACCUCGACCAGUAGCGAGAGCGACACUGGCCAGGAGGCGGAGUUUAGCCUCUACGACUUCCUGGACAGCUGCAGAGCUAACACGCUAUUGGCUGAACUCGAUGAUGAGGAGGAUCUGCCUGAGCCUGACGAUGAUGACGAUGAGAAUGAAGAUGACAACCAGGACGAGCAGGAGUAUGAAGAAGUACUGGAGGAGGAGGAAUACGAGACCAAAGGCGGGCGCAGACGGACGUGGGACGAUGACUUUGUUUUGAAGAGACAGUUCUCGGCUCUGGUCCCAGCGUUUGAUCCUCGACCCGGACGAACAAAUGUGCAACAGACCACUGACCUGGAAAUCCCCCCUCCAGGAACACCGAGGUCGGAGGUUCAGGAGGAGGUGGAAUGUGCUCCGUCUCCUCGUCUUUCUCUCACACUCAAGGUGGCAGGUCUGGGCACGACUCGAGAAGUGGAAUUACCUUUGUCCAACUACAAAUCCACCAUUUUCUUUUACGUCCAGCGUUUACUGCAGCUCUCCUGCAGUGGAUCAGUGAAGACGGACAAACUGAGAAGGAUAUGGGAGCCCACCUACACGAUAAUGUACCGAGAGCUGAAGGACUCAGACAAAGAGAAGGAGAGUGGCAAAAUGGACUUCUGUGAGCAGGGUCUGGUGCAGAGCCGCUCCGGGGGUUUGUCUCCCUCUGUUCCUCCCCACCACAGCUCUGAGAUCCUGGGGGGAGCCAGGGAGAUGGCCCAGGCUAAAGCUGGAUGCAGCCAGAACGCAUGCGGAGUGGAGGAUGUACUACAACUACUGCGAAUACUCUAUAUCAUCGGAGGAGAUGCUGCGGGCAACGUGAGGACGCUACAGGAAGAUGUGGAGGAGCUACAGUUCAAUGCAUCACCAGAAGAAUUCACCAGUAAAAAGAUCACCACCAAAAUCCUGCAGCAGAUCGAGGAACCGUUAGCGUUAGCCAGCGGCGCCCUCCCAGACUGGUGUGAACAGCUCACCUCCAAGUGUCCUUUUCUCAUCCCCUUUGAGACCAGACAGCUGUACUUCACCUGCACCGCCUUCGGAGCCUCCAGGGCGAUCGUGUGGCUGCAGAACCGUCGCGAGGCCACUAUGGAGCGUUCUCGCCCCUCCACGGCCGUGAGACGAGACGACCCCGGUGAGUUCAGAGUGGGACGACUCAAACACGAGAGAGUCAAAGUACCACGCGGAGAUGCCAUGAUGCAGUGGGCGGAGUCUGUGAUGGGCGUGCACGCAGAGAGGAAGUCUGUGCUCGAGGUGGAGUUUUUGGGGGAAGAGGGCACAGGUCUUGGUCCCACUCUGGAGUUCUAUGCUCUGGUGGCGGCUGAGUUCCAGAGGACGUCUUUAGGGGUCUGGCUCUGUGACGACGACUUCCCCGAUGACGAGUCUAGACAGGUGGACCUGGGUGGUGGACUUAAACCUCCUGGUUACUACGUACAGCGUUCCUGUGGACUGUUCCCGGCUCCGUUCCCUCAGGACAGUGAAGAGUUGGAUCGGGUCACACAGUUGUUCCACUUCCUGGGCGUGUUUCUGGCCAAAUGUAUCCAGGACAGCCGUUUGGUGGACCUGCCUCUGUCCAGGCCCUUCUUUAAGCUUCUGUGUAUGGGCGAUAUCAAGUCCAACAUGAGUAAACUGCUGUACGACUCUCCCAGUGUGGACAGAGGACUGAACCUGGAGGCUGGGACUGAGGACCAGGACUCUCUGUUUGAUGAAGACUCUAAAUCUGAGUUCAUCUUAGACCCACCCAAACCCAAACCCCCCGCCUGGUACCAUGGGCUGCUCACCUGGGACGACUUUCAACACGUCAACCCACACAGGGCGAGUUUCCUGAAGGAGGUGAAGGAGUUGUCUGUGAAGAGACGUCAGAUCCUCAGCAGUAAAUCUCUUUCUGAAGACGAGAAGAACACAAGACUACAGGACCUGAUGCUCAGGAACCCUCUGGGCUCCGGGCCGCCGCUCAGUGUGGAGGAUCUGGGGUUGAAUUUCCAGUUUUGUCCGUCCUCAAAAGUCCACGGUUUCUCAGCAGUGGACCUCAAACCAAACGGAGAUGAUGAGAUGGUGUCGAUGGAGAAUGCGGAGGAGUACGUGGAGCUGAUGUUUGACUUCUGUAUGCACACGGGGAUCCAGAGGCAGAUGGAGGCCUUCAGAGAGGGCUUUAACCGCGUGUUCCCGAUGGAGAAGCUGAGCUCCUUCAGUCACAAAGAGGUUCAAAUGAUUCUCUGCGGGAACCAAUCACCAUCCUGGACCAACGAUGACAUCAUCAACUACACUGAGCCCAAACUGGGAUACACCAGAGACAGUCCCGGGUUCCUGAGGUUUGUGAGGGUUCUCUGCGGGAUGAACUCAGAUGAGAGGAAAGCAUUUCUUCAGUUCACCACUGGCUGCUCCACACUGCCCCCUGGAGGCCUGGCCAACCUGCACCCACGCCUCACCAUCGUCAGGAAGGUGGAUGCGACAGACCAUAGCUACCCCUCUGUGAACACAUGUGUACAUUACCUGAAGCUGCCUGAGUAUUCUUCAGAGGACAUCAUGAGAGAGCGCCUCCUAGCGGCCACCAUGGAGAAGGGCUUCCACCUCAACUAGCCCCACCCCUCCCCCUGUGCUCCUCCCACUCCUCUGCAGACCCCGCCCCUUUAACCAAAACUACCGGAGCUCGCGGGGACAAAACACGUGCGCUCAAACAUGCGACAUCAGCAAAUAAAACGUCACAAAUGAUCCUCUUGUCAAAGCUGAAUUUCCACAACUUUUUGGUUAGAAUUUUUGCACAUUUUAGAAAAUUCUCCAAAUCAGUUGUCUCAUCCAACAUUUUUCAAAAUGAUCAAAUCAUUUCAUUUUAUUUCACAUAGAAAUUCUUUUGCUUUUUUCAACUGUUUCAGAUUUUCAAAUCAGCUGUCUCUCUUUUAAACAUUCAAUUCAAAAUAUACAUUUUUGCCUUAACCUUUAUCAUGGAAGUGAAACUUUAUCAUUAUAAAGCAUCUUUUGUUUUAAAUGUAGCCAAAGCCUCUCCUCGCUACUUUGUGCCUUAGGCGGGUACUUGCUUGGACCAGUUGGCUGCAUAGACAACCAUUUUAUAGUUAUUUUACAUCUGUAAGAAAACUAACCUGUAUUUAAAUAUUCUUAUAAUUCCUCAUCUCUCAGUGCUUCAUCUUUACAAAAUGGCUGCUUUUCCCAUUAAUGCAUCAACUUUCUGUUUGAAAACUUGAAUCCUACAUUUUCAUUUACAUAUUUGGAUGUUGUUCCCCCAAGUCUGAUUCCAUUGCCGUGUUUUGUCCCGAGACUCCGCUCCGGCUUCGGCUCCUCACUGAGCAUGCUCUGGUUCAGUUUAGUGCCUGUUUCAUGUUUUCGUAGCUUCUUUUUGGAACAAUCAUGAUUUUCUUUUUUUCCGUUUUGGUUUUGUUUUGGCGUGAUGUUUUUGGGGUUCGGACACAGGUCAAAGCUGCAUUUCGUUUUAGUUUCUUUAAGACGCUGUGGGCGGUGACACUGGCGCUGAGGAUCCUGUAUGACUUGUAUAUUAUUAUUAUUAUUAUUGUUAUGACAGUCCUUUAUUUAACGAGUUGCAGUUUGAGGAUAUUUUCAGAUGUGUAUGCUCCAAAAAUAAUCAUUAAAUCGUUUGCAAAACUAUGAAUUGAAACAA